AUGCCGGAACCAGUAGGAGUUGCCAAUUUACCCGACCAAAGGUAUGUCAUGAUGUCUCGACUGGAGUUUUUUUUUUUUGAAUCUAACACAGCGUUGAAACGAACAACAGAUUUAGCUCCUAGGUCAAUGGUUCUUCGCAGGCUUGGUCAGUAGUGGAUACUAACAGAUAACUGCUGUUUAGGUACAAGAUUGUCUCCAAGGAAGGAGCAACCUUCACGAUUAUGGUUGCAGGUGAAAGUGGGUUGGGCAAGACCACGUUUAUCAACACCUUGUUCCAAACGUCGCUCAAGUUGCAUCCGGACCCAAACCAGAGACACAACAAGUUCACCUCGCCACACCAGACCGUGGAAAUCGACAUAGUCAGAGCCAUCUUGGAGGAAAAGGGGUUCAAGAUCAGGUUGAAUAUCAUCGAUACCCCGGGAUUCGGCAACAAUGUCAAUAACCACGAGUCCUGGGUCCCCAUCAUCGACUUUAUCGAUGACCAGCACGAGUCCUACAUGAAACAGGAGCAGCAGCCUUCGAGAAACGCCAAAAAGGACUUGAGAGUGCACGCCUGUCUCUACUUUAUUAGACCCACUGGACACUCGUUGAAACCGUUGGAUAUCGAGAUUAUGAAGCGGUUAUCAACGAGAGUCAACCUUAUCCCCGUUAUCGCCAAGGCCGAUACUUUAUCGCCUCAUGAAAUGGACAUUUUCAAGACUAGAAUUAGGGAGAUUAUCGAGACGCAGGAUGUCAACAUCUAUACUCCUCCUUUGGAGUUGGACGAUCCGGCAAGCGCAGAACACGCGAAGCAAUUGAUUGAAUCGAUGCCAUUUGCCGUUAUUGGCUCGGAGGAGGAAAUCGAAGUUGGCCUGGGCCAGUUUGUCAGAGGUAGAAAAUAUCCUUGGGGCGUGGUUGAAGUUGAAAACGACACCCACUGCGAUUUCAAGAAAUUGAGAAGCUUGUUGUUGAGAACAAACAUGUUGGACUUGAUCUUGUCGACUAACGAGUUGCAUUUCGAAACAUUUAGAUCACUCAAGUUGGGAGGCGACGACAAUGAAAACGGCCAUGCCAAUGGCGACGAAAACGGCUCGAAUGAAGAGUUGACCAAUGAAAAGGGAGAAGUUAUAAGAAAGCCUUCGGGCGGUAAAAAACCAAGGAGAUUGCACAACCCCAAAUUCAAAGAAGAAGAAGAUGCUUUGAAGAAAUUUUUCACAGAACAGGUGAAGGCAGAAGAACAAAGAUUUAGGCAAUGGGAAACAAAUAUUAUUAAUGAAAGGAACAGAUUGAAUCAAGAUUUGGAAGAGAUGCAAUCGAAAUUGAAGGCUUUGGAAGAGCAGGUUAAAAAGUUGCAAAUUACAAAGCGUUGA